AUGGGGGCUUGGGUCCCACCGUCCCUGAUCAGACCAAGUGGCCAUGGGAGCAUCCGCACACGUGGGGGAGCCGGUCCGAGUGGGUUGACAGAUGCAGCCGCGGUGGGGGGGAGCAGGCAAGGCUACCAUGGAGUCAUUUGCUACGCCGCGGGUCUCGAAUCAGCAGCUGCGCGAGGGUCUUGUGAUGCUUUUUCUGGGCUCGACCUGCCAUUCCGGGCGGUCGAGCGGCAACAGUUUAAGGACUUUGUCGCGAUGCUGAACCCCGAGGCGGCACAGCUUCUAGGCAGUCGUUUCCGUAUUGCACGUGACAUGCAUGCUGCAGCCGAUGCUGCUACGGCGGAGCUGCGACAGCUGCUGACAGCAGACGGACUGUCGGGCAGGAUGACACUUACCACAGACAUAUGGAAUAGUGGGAACAACAUAGCGUUCAUGGUGGUGACGGCUCACUGGGUUACCAGUGACUUCAGGUUGCAGCAGGCCGUUCUUGACUUCAGGUCGUUAGAGCGUUACCAUAAGGGGGACAGGAUAGCGCAAGAGUUGGAGGAGACCAUUGAGCAGUGGGGCCUGGGGGAUCUGUUCUUCGGCGUGACGACGGACAAUGCCGAGAACAACAAUCGGGCAAUUCGCCUCUUGGCAGGCGUCCCUGACGCCAUACCGGGGUCACGCCGUCGUGACCCCCCUCUGCUCUCCCUGUCUCACCACUUCAGGUAUGUGACGUCGAAUGUUUCAUGGGAUUUGGUGCCUUGUUGCGCCGUGUUGUCCAAGUUCAUACUGUUUCCCAGGUUUGAUAUAACCCUCAAUCUCUCCACCAUCUAUGAACGUGCUCCACAGAACCGCUCUGAAAGCUGCGAGCUGUGGCCAGCCACAUCGGGUGGUCAGUGCAGCGUUCGGAGCGGUUCUUCGAACAUUCAGAGCCGACUUGCAACGGCCGAGAUAGCGGACCAACAGGUGGCUGCACAGGGUGUGCAGGCUGCACGCCCACCCGCCGAGGGCAAGCGACUGAUCAUCGACUCGCCUACGCGGUGGGGAUCCACACUGGAGAUGGUGGUGAGGGCCCUGGAGCUGCACAUGCCUCUCACGAUGUUCUUCGAUGACACCACUGUAAGCUAA